CGUAUAUUACAAAUCUACUUCCCCCAUGUGCGAAUGUUUACUUCGAUUGUUCGAAGUGUGAGAUCUCAUGCCACUGGUCAUAUUAGACAGUGCAAGACGAUGUCUGCAAUAGAAGCUGGCAAAAAAGCAGCAGCAUUUGCUGCUGUUGACGAAAAUAUUAAGAAUAACCAAAAAGUUGGCAUUGGGAGUGGAUCAACUGUGGUGUAUGCUGUUCAGAGACUUGCUGAAAGAAUAAAGAAUGAAGAUUUGAACAUUAUAUGUGUACCAACGUCUUUUCAGGCAAACCAACUUAUUCAGGAACACAGAUUGAAUCUUGGGACUUUAGAGACUUGCCCAAAGCUGGAUGUGGCAAUUGAUGGUGCUGAUGAAACUGACAAAGAUUUAACAUGUAUUAAAGGAGGAGGUGCCUGUUUAACUCAGGAGAAAAUUGUUGCCUCUUGUGCCAAAGAUCUUAUCAUCAUUGCAGAUGACAGAAAAGACUCUCAAGUGUUGGGUACAACAUACAAGAAAGGAAUUCCUAUAGAAGUUAUUCCUAUGGCAUACAAACCAAUUCAGAUGAAAAUACAGGAUCUAUUUGGGGGAGAAGUGAUACUAAGAAUGGCCCAACAGAAGGCAGGCCCAGUGGUAACAGACAAUGGUAACUUUGUGUUGGACUGGAAGUUCUCAAACCCCUGUGAUGACUGGGACAAAUGUAACACCACUAUUAAAUUGAUUCCAGGUGUGGUUGAAACUGGUCUCUUCAUCAAAAUGGCAAAGGUAGCUUACUUUGGAACAGCAGAUGGGAAAGUGUCCAAGAGAUCUGUGUGAUGUGCAUAACAAACAUUAUCCUAGCUGAUAGAUAUGAUUUAGACCUACAAGUGAUUUUAUGUCAUAUGAUAUACAUUGUACGUUAUUACAGUGAUAUUUGUACUAUUUCCAAUGUGUUUUCAUAGUGUUAAAAGAUAUCAAUGUUUAUAAUUAUAAAACUAGCAUUGAUAUUAUUAUUGCCAGUACACAUACAUGCAUCUUGUAUGGGACAUUGACAGUUAUAUGCAAAUGGAUAUACAUCCAGGUAUAACAGUAUAUAUAUAUAUUUAGCAUUAAAACAAUUUUGAAAAAC